ACCACAAUCCUCCUCGGAAAAUCCCAAAAUGCCAUCAGUUUCCGGCCAAACCGUCUGCGUCACCGGUGCCGGUGGUUUCAUAGCUUCCUGGAUGGUCAAAUUGCUCCUCCAGAAAGGCUAUACUGUCAGAGGAACUGUCAGAAAUCCAGAUGAUCCGAAGAAUUCCCAUUUGAGGCAGCUUGAAGGAGCAGAGGAGAGAUUAACACUAUGCAAAUCGGACCUUCUUGAUUACCAGAGUCUACGAGAAGCCAUUGAUGGCUGUGACGGUGUUUUCCACACCGCUUCUCCGGUUACUGAUGACCCAGAAGAAAUGGUGGAGCCAGCAGUGAAUGGAACAAAGAAUGUGAUAAUUGCAGCGGCGGAAGUUAAGGUUCGGCGCGUGGUGUUCACUUCAUCAAUCGGAGCAGUAACCAUGGACCCUAACCGAAGCCCCGACGCUGUUGUCGAUGAGAGUUGCUGGAGUGAUCUUGAGUUCUGCAAGAGCACUAAGAAUUGGUAUUGCUAUGGGAAGGCAGUGGCAGAGCAAGCGGCCUCGAAUGAGGCGAAAGAGAGAGGGGUGGACUUGGUGGUGGUAAACCCAGUAUUGGUGCUUGGACCGUUGUUACAACCCACCCUCAACGCGAGCAUUAUUCAUGUUCUUAAGUACCUAAAUGGCUCAGCAAAGACCUAUGCCAACUCAGUCCAGGCUUAUGUGGACGUGAAGGAUGUGGCACUGGCACACAUACUUGUCUUCGAGAAUCCUUCAGCAUCUGGCCGAUACCUUUGUGCUGAGAGCGUGCUUCACAGAGGCGAUGUGGUUGAAAUUCUGGCCAAGUUAUUCCCCGAGUAUCCCAUUCCUACCAAGUGCAAGGAUGAAACAAAGCCAAGAAUCAAACCAUACAAAUUCUCAAACCAAAAGCUGAAGGACUUGGGUUUGGAGUUCACACCGGUGAGGCAAUCCCUCUAUGACACAGUCAAGAGCCUCCAAGAGAAAGGUCACCUCCCAAUCAUUCCCAACAUGAUGAAUCUAUUCUUCGCAUUCAGUCCUAAGUUUCUUAUUUCGCGACUUGAUUUGGCAACAACUGUUUUUUAGCAGUUUUUGUGUGAGUUUCUUCUUCUUUUGUUUCUUUUUGCUUUUGUUUUUUUUUUUUUUUUUGGUUGUAAUUGUA